AGUCGGUCUCUGGAAGCCAACCGGUGAACAUCGAGCAGAGUGUGCCAUAGGUAGAACAAACAAGGUUAGAGUGCAUCGUCAACGUUGGGAAAGUGUGUGCAUUUUAGUGUUGUGUUAUGCUAGGUUCGAUCGUGGUGACUUGCGGUGAUUUUGGUCGUCAUUCGUUGCCUGCCAAGUGUUCACCAACUUUUCCUGAUGUUACCUUUAGGUGAUUCUUUACGUUUGCACCUGUCGACGAUUCGGUCAGCUCGAUUCUACGUCAACAAUUACUAUAGAAAGGAGUGUGAGCGAUCAUGCUGGCAGUGCUGAUGGUGGGGGCACUGCUUACGUUGCCCGGGGGCGGGCUGUGUGGGGCGGGAGCGGGAACGGGAGAGAACCGUCAACGACUGGAGGCGACACUUUUGUCGGCGCUGGGUCUGUCGUCGCGGCCGCGGACGGAUCGGAGUCGUGUCGUUGUGCCGCCGGCGAUGAUGGAGCUGUAUCGACGACAAGCCGGACUCAAGGGCCAGGAGACGCUGGCUCUACCACUUCCAGGACGGCAUACACGGUCGGCCAACACCGUGCGAUCGUUCCAGCACAAGGAGAGCGACAUAGACCAUAGGUUCAAGCGUUCGGACAGGUUCCGACUGCAUUUCGACGUAAGCAAAAUGCCAGAAGGCGAACGCGUGACGGGAGCCGAACUUAGACUGAGUGUGGAGGCGGGCAGCGGUGGAGGCCCGAGUCGUCGGGUGGAGGUCCACGACAUCGUUAGACCCGGACGACGGGGACAGUCAGGGCCGAUCACGAGGCUGCUAGACUCGCGAGCCGUUCACGAUAACUCGGGCGAGGGUCGUCCGAUCGUUCUAGACGUUCUGCCCGCUGUGGAGAGGUGGGCCGAGGAGCCCGCUCAUAAUCACGGACUCCUUGUCAAGGUGAAAGUGGAAGACACCGACUCGCUAGAAGAGAACACGGUGACGAGCGGCGCCAAGGUGCGUCUACGCCGCGAAUCGCCGCUAGACGCCGACCAACCGCUGCUGCUAGUCUACCUAGAUGACGGUCGCGGCACGGAAGCGACCCUGGACCGCAGGAAGCGAGCGGCGACGUCGACGACACGCAAACAACGUCGCAAGGACGAGCGGGAGACGUGUCGCCGGCACGCGCUCUACGUCGAUUUCGCUGACGUCGGCUGGAACGACUGGAUCGUCGCGCCGCCCGGCUAUGACGCGUACUACUGUCAUGGCGACUGUCCUUUCCCGCUCGCCGACCAUCUCAACUCGACCAAUCACGCGAUCGUGCAGACACUCGUGCACUCUGUGAACCCGGCCGCAGUGCCAAAGGCCUGCUGUGUGCCCACUGCGCUCUCUAGCAUCUCCAUGCUCUAUGUCGACGAGGACGACAAGGUCGUUCUCAAGAACUACCAGGACAUGACUGUGCAAGGCUGUGGAUGCCGGUAGAAAAUAGUGCACCUCAUUCACGUCCCCAUGACCCCCCCCCCACAUCUCACUAGUCAACUUAACUUAAAAUGCAAAUAGCAACCAACAAGAGCAAAAAUCUCAACAACGUUUUGCUGCGUAGAGAUUUGAGCACUACACACACGUGAAUUUCAUUUUUUAUCAGCUGAUUAUGUCUGUAUCUGUACAGAAACAGUGAGGCUGUGAUCACAUUGUAUAACUACCUCCGUAAGCAAAGCCGUAGUGCAUUCGUGUGACGUCAGCACGGGUAGGGCUCCUAAACCAAUAAAAAUUCGUUGAUUUCAGAUUAUCUAUAUCAGCUAGUGUUUUAAUUGGUCUAGGAGCCCUACCUGUGCUGACGUCACACGAUUGCACUAUGGCUUUGUUCACAGAGGUAUAGUGAUUUAAUGCGUAUAUGUGCAAGUGCACGUCAGAUCAUGCAUGAGCCAAAAAACAAAAUCUGGUGAUAGACAUUGAAACACCAUGUGACUUGCAUGUAGCUUGCUGCAACCAGCAAGUGCCCGCUUCCAAGAUUUCUUCAAGACUUCCAAGUUCCUAUUGCUCUUCCAAGAUUUGGUAUCUCAUCUGCAGGCUUGACCAUGCAUAACCAAGCGAGCACUUGCACAUGUGAACACACCCUAACGUACAGAUACGUAGCAUCAGAAGAUGAAAAGUGAGAUGCGUGUGUUCAAGGCGCGCUCAAGUCUGUACGCACCUUAACGACUGGAAACAUCACAACCCUUAACGUAACUAUUCACCGUACAUUUUUCAAGAUUUUCACUGGUGACAGACAAAAGUACCGCAAACUUCAAAACUUAAAUACAUUUUUUGUGAUUCCCUCUUGAGAUGCAGACCUUUAUCUAUGUAGUAGAAAAAUAAUAUAAAUUGAAUUUGUAAAUAAAAAUACAUGAAUAUAUGUUCUUCCAAUUUAGGCGAUGAACUUUCUAGUCAUUCGGUUCUGAAACUCCAAUUUUAUUCUUUUGUUCUAGCCUAUAUGGUAAUUUCACCAGGGUGCCAUUCAUUUUCGACCUGGACCUGGAAACUUUUAAAAUAAUAAAUAGUAACUAUCCAAGAGUUGUCGCUGAUAAAUCGCGACCAUGGAAUAUAAAAUAUUUCUUAUUCCUGAACUAUAAAUAAUUGUUUCUCAAAAUUCAUGAUCAAAUAAGAGUUUUUCAAGGAAAUAUCUGUUUUCAUCUCCUAAGAGACGUGAAUGAGGCUGUUGCUAGGUUUAUAAUUGUGCCGUUCAAGUGUGUUACCAGUAGCUUAGAAGUUGGAACAAUUUACAAUCGUUGUCGAAACUGUGUGAUAAUUUGUGGUAAGAUGUAAAGUGUACACCGCGUCCCCACUAAAAUAAUUAUUGUAUUGACUAUAGUAUUAUUAGUUGUAUAUAAUCAUUGUGUAUUUAUGUUAAUUAGUAAGGAAUAUGUACAGACUUUAUUGUGAAUUUAGAUUUUUACAUUCUCUACCCUGGUGCCUUCAGCUUUGUGAUUCAUUCACUUUGUGCCAUGAAUUGGAAAUAGUGAGAAUAACUCGAAAAACUCUUCUCUGAAUUUUAAAUUCGAAGCUCAAUUAUGUGCCUGAAUUCUUCUUAUAUAUUCACUGUAUGUUAAUCAAACUUUCAAAUUAUAUAUUAAGUUACCCUGAUGAAUCUGAAAGUGGAAAUUUGAAUUUUAAUAGGGUACCUAUUUCAUGUUUUAGGGUAGAUUGUAAAUAUUGUAAAAUAAUGUAAAUUUGAAAUUUUCUAUAUAUUUAUUACACGUUUAUAAGAGUUAGUACACAAUAUUUUAUGGAAAAAACUGUUAUAAAAUCAACGAACAUCACUUUUUUGAUAUUCAGCUUCAAAGAGAUAAUAGAUUAAGUUUGCAAGAUAUUCAUUAUGUUUCUAAUUUUCAAUGCUUGAGGAAUCAAUGAACUUAAUGAGCUGUUAUAUCCAUCAAUCAUAUUACUAUAAUAAUAUAUUAUUUAUAUUGAAUACAAAUGAGUAACAUUGUCAAAAUGACUGAUUCAUUAACACAAUUUCAGAUACUAAUUUCGGUUUUAGAAUUGUUACACAAUUAUAUCUCCUAGUAUAAUGAACUGACUGUUCACUAUAGAUUGAUAAUUGUGUAAGAACCGAAACUAGUAUCUCAAAUUUUAUUAAUAAAUCAGUGGUUUUGACAGUAUCAAGUUGUCUUUAUCUUGUAUGGAUAUCCACUACAUCAUCUUACUAACAGCACAUUAAUUUCAUCAGUCAUGACAAUCUGAGUUUUGAGUUUUUUCAUUCAAAACUAUUUAUAACUUUUUUUUAAAACUGUAAUAAUCUGUUUUCUUCUAAUUAUAGACCAAAAUAAUUGCUAAUAUUCACAAUGUAUAUGUUAUAAUACAUGAUGAUACAUUCAUUUAUUGAUACAAAUACUGACGUUCUGCUUUUUGACAUAACAAUUUACAAUCAGUACUUAUAUGAAUAAUACUAUAAAUAUGUCUAUUUAUAAUACUAAUUUGAGCAGGUAACACGAUACAGAUAGAUGAAAAACACUUAGAAACUUAGGCUACAUUAUUUUCCAAAAUUUUCGCUGGCUUCGCCAACCUUUGUCAACGAUCGUUGUAGUUGUAGUGGUUUCUAUUCAAUAUGAUAUUCUUGGUGGAUUUUCACUGUGAAACGAGCCAAAUAUUAUUUUUAUUUCAAAAUGUAAUAAGUACUGAAUCAAAUUUUCUAAUUAGCAGUUGAUCAAGCUUUACUGAUCUAUCCAUGUCAUACAGUCCAUUCCUGUACUCUAUACUACGUACUCUGUAAUACCUCUAUAGUCCUCUUACAAUUGUAAUGGUUACAAUGAUUCAUCACAAGAGAAACAGAUGAUAAUUGGUCACCGUAUGCCUGAUCAGAUAGACCCAACAGAUAGUCUAUAAUAAAUGCAGGAAUGCGCAUUGAAAUUGUUUUCAAUCGACAAGAUUUAUGUGAUAAAUUUAAAGAAGUGAUGGGAUUAAGCUUGUACAGUACAACGCUCAGUUCACGUGUGCUAUUUGGAAUGCAAAUUCGUUUUCUCGACACCCGAUACUGAAUUAUGGUAGUUGGUAGUUAUUGGCAAUAGCAACAGAACGUGUACAGUUGAAUAUGUUAAUAUUUUCCCUCUCUUUUGCACUCGUUCUGGGUGCGAGUGAGCUAAUAAUGUCAACGUGGUGCAUAUACACUGACGGUGCUCUCAAUCUAGGCUACAUCAGUAUAAAUAAUGCAAGUGUGUGUGAGAGAGAGUGGACACGAGUGAGUGAGAAGGAGCAAAAGAACACCUGGAUGGGACACGGAGCACCCAUAUGACUGGUUUUCGUUUCUGGUACUGCUGGCUUCUCGGCCUCUCCAGUCCGGCUCUCUGCUCACAGAGCCUACCUGACUUCUUCUUCUUAUCCACAUUGAAAAUGCAGGCCUUCUUUUUUUGGCCUUCCCCUCGGGCCGCCAAUUAAACUGCUCAUUCCAGAUACCAACCGUUGAACUGGGCAAGGUUUCUAUUUUUAAGUGCAAAUCGUCCUUGAAUGCUAAUCUUUUCUGAAAUUUUUUAUCAACAAUUUUUCCAACACAUCUGUUCCUCAGUAUCAGUUCAAGGAAAUCUUGAGAUAAAUUCCAUGACAAUCGUUCAUGGAAAAUAUGCUUUAAAUAAGAUUGAUCUAAAUUUUAAGAAAAAUCCACUUCAUAUUAAUAAAAAUUCACAACUUUAAGAUUGAUCUACUUUGAAGAAUAGUAUCUCGAAUCUCUUCCAUUCCUUAUUUCCCUCUCUUAACUAAGAAGAUGUUGUUAAUUAUUGAUUCCUCAUCUCAAUAAAACAAGUGUAACAUAUAAUAAUAAAAUCAUCAAUUCGACUGUAUUUUCAAUUUUCAUGAUGAAUUCUGUGACUUUCAAUCCAGAAAACUUGAGAAUUCAGAAAUUUGGUACCAUGCUAGAGCUUGUGAAAGAGAGUUCCAAUUCUUGAACCAUGAUUUUGUCAUCAACCAAUGAUUAAGUUAAUUUGUCUCUCAGCUGUGUGGAAUAUUGUUCAAGAAAGUCAACUUGAUCUGUGUAAUUGAAAGAAAUUUUGCUUGUUCUUGAACAGAUCUCAAGCAUAUCUGAUGAUAGGUUUGUUACAUGAUAAUUCAUUUAUAUUAUUCCAAAAUUAUUGUUGCUAUUCAUUGCAUAUUAUUGUACUAUCCAUGAUUAUCGUUGAAUUUCUUGCAUUCUAUUACUAUUAUGUCUUUCAGUCUAUUUAUUGUGAAUUUGUAAAUCUGUAUAAAUAUUUGUGUAAACGAUUUAGUUGUAUAUUUCAAUGGAUGUAUACAUUCUAUUGAAAGAUUAUUAUAAAUCAGCCAAAUUGGUGAAACGAAAAUAAAAGUAUUUGUUUAAAA